AUGCACAUCCCUUCAGAGUGGGUCAACACCCUCCCUUUCACCAGCCCCAUCCUCCCGCCCUUCACCAUACUCAUCAAGGGCACCAAGCGGGAAACAGCAGGCAAGUUCAUGGCAAAGCCAGUCACCCUCUUCGCGUACCCUUCCAAUCUGCCCCAAUCCCUGGGAUGCGGUGUGGAGCUAGCUUUUACUGUCAACUUCACCUUCUCCCUCGUUCCCCAGUCCGGCGCUGCCGGUUCAAACGGCUUUGCGUUUGUCAUCGCAGCAAAGGCCAAAGUGGGGAGGGGCGACGGCGUGGGGUAUGGCGGGGUGGGAGCGCGGAGCCUAGCCGUGGAGUUUGACACGUUUCAGAAUGGUAACCACAGCGAUGCGAGCAGGCAGCACGUGGGGUUGAACAUCAACGGCCUGGAUCGAUCCUUGGUCUCUGAGGUGUCCCCAUACACUCUCACGGAUGGCAAUGCGUACACGGCAUGGGUGGACUAUGAGCCUGGGGAGCCUGGGGAUCCCGGCACCAUGCGGGUGUUUCUAGCUGGCUCCAUGACGAAGCCAGAGGAGCCGCUGCUGCAGGAGGAGCUGUCUCUGUGUGCGGUGCUGCAGGGUGGUGUGCGGCAGGGCGCGUUUUACUUUGGUUUUGUGGCGUCCACUACGGUGAAACCGUUCCAGCUGCAUGGGAUUGUGCGCUCUGCCGUGCAAACAGGCGUUAUUCCACUCAAGUCAGUCCGCAUCAAACAGCAAGCCCGUGGCCUCGCACUCUCAUUGGCCACAUACGCGGCGCCUAGAGCCAGCCCCUUCCUGCGCUAUGUGAGCACGGACUAUGAGCUGGCGUCCAACAACCAGGACUCGUGGCGCAUCCGUGACUUUCACACCUGGGACUCUGUGGACUUCCUCGGAUGGUCCGUCAAGGACCAGGCCAACUGCAAUGCAUGCUGGGCAUACGCAGUGGUGGCGAGCAUAGAAGCAGCGUACGGCAUUGCAAGGCAUCAGAGUGCGCCCCAGCUAUCAAUGGAGCCGCUGUUUGCAGCCAUGGGGCUGGCUGGCUUUGAGCGCACAUCAUUCAAGGGGUAUGUGGGGCUCAUGCUGGCAGUGCGGCGGCAGCCAGUGGUGGUUCACAUCGAAGCCUCUGCUGCCACGUUUGUCGCCUACGAUGGGACGUUCAAGUACCAGGAUCCUGAGUGCUACACUGGCAAUCUGAACCACGUUGUACUCGUUGUAGGGUACUUCAUUAAUAGAAACGACGGCAGCCAGAGCCGCAUUGCCCCGCCGUUUUGGAUCAUCCGCAACUCGUGGGGAGAGGAGUGGGGAGUCAGGGGCCACAUGCGCAUGGACAUUCAGGGAGGGGAUGGCGUGUGUGGUAUCAACGUGCUGCCUGGCAUCUACCCCGUUGUCAAGAUUCCGGGGGACCCCUGCGGCAAUAGCAGCUACAAGGGCGACCAGGAUCUCUCCGGCAUGAACCCGUGCGGUCGGUUCCGGUGCAAUGCGGUUGAUGACAGCAGCUAUACGUGCAGCUGCACAAUAGAAGGAGCUGCUCGGCAGCCUUUUGUAGAGGCUGACAACGGGGAUGGCUCCAGCACAUGUGCCUAUGUGGACGUGUGUGGGUCAUACUUCAAGAACCCCUGCUACGUCGGUACAUGCAUCAACGACGGCAGAGGCUCCUACUCCUGCAUCUGCCCUCUCAACUACGUGGAAAGCACAACUGUCUAUGACACCCCCACCUGCGACCCAGUCAACACCACAGCCUCCAGCAUGGCAGUCAGUGGAGACAACUGGUUGUGCUCAGAUGUUUACCCGCUUGUCGGCAUCUCACUGGCUGAUUUCACACUCCAGAAUGAGGCUGUGGACUGCAGCGGGCCCUUGCCCAGGGGCACGGUCCUUCAACUGAGUGGCACGCCCGCCACACCCUGCACUACCUUCUUCUACUCCCUCCAUGGGGACCUCUGUUCCACCAUCGCCGAUCAGGCCAGCUUAGAUGAACUUUCUCUUCCUGCGCUCAACCCCGGGCUUGACUGCUCCGAGCCCAUCAAGGCGGGCAGUUCGGUGUGCAUUGAGCGUAACCCCGCUUUUGCCUUCACCGUCCCCGAGUGUGUGAAACACGGGAUGCUCACGCCGCAAGACACGUGCGAACGGCUGCUUCAGAGGACCGUCAACGAGCCUAACCUGAGUGCAGACCACUGGGCUGAGCUCUACCGCAACAAUCCCGGCCUCACUUGCUCUGACAGCAUCCCUGCCUCUGCCUCUGUUGUUGGCAGCAAGAUCGGCGUGCAGGUAAGGUCUUCUGCGGAGAAAGCGUCUAAGGGCGAAACGGCAGUGUCUGUGCCAGAAAGCGUCUAUCUCCUACGACCCAAAGUUUCAGAUUGGGACGCAAAGCGAGCAGCACACAUAGCGGCGAACCCGGGGUGCAACCGAACGUCAAAGGGCAAGCCACGGGUGAUGAUGGUGACAGGGUCCAACAACAAGCCGUGCGGGGAGCACGGCGAGAGUGACUUUCUGCUGCUCAAAUUCCUCAAGAAUAAGCAGGACUAUGCACGAAUCCACGACCUCCAGAUCUUUUAUGGCAUGGGUCCCAUGAACAAGAAUUUCCCCGCGUUCUGGGUCAAGAUUCCUCUGCUGCGCAUGCUCAUGCUCAAGUACCCGGAGGUGGAGUGGUUCUUCUGGAUUGAUUCAGACGCCAUGAUCACAGACAUGGCUUUUGAGUACCCAAUAGAGGAACACUCGUCUGCCACCGUCGUCCUAUCUGGCUUCCCGGAUUCCCUCUUCAAGAAAAAGGACUGGGUGGCCAUUAACACUGGAGCUUUCUUUAUCAGAAACAGCCAGGAUGGGUUGGACUUCUUGGAUGACUGGUCAACGUUUGGCAGCAGUGAGGCAGUGCGCUCGCAAUGGGGCACUGUUGCCAGCAAAACGUUGCAUGGUCGUGCUGAUUGGCCAGUGGAUGAUCAGACGGCUCUGGUCCUGCUGCUGCUGGGGGAGGGGGAGACCCCUGAAAACAAGAAGAAGGGUGUGACGCUUCGCAAGGACAAAUGGCUUCCGCGUAUUGAGAUCGAUUGGCGGACAACCUUGCAUGGUUACUGGGUGUCCUUUGUUGACAAGUAA